GAAAAUUCAACAUGGCUUCUUCUGAAAAUUUCUGAGAGAGUUUUCUCCCCCAACCUACCAUGUCUGAUGAGAAAAAGUUUGACCCGACCAGUGGCGGGCCAGUUGUUGAAGCAUUAAAUGGACACAGUAAAGACAAUUCAAUACAGAGAAACACUGGCAGGCCCCUUGAAGAGGUGAAGUCAUACAGUAACGGCAUUCCGAAGCCUGGAAACUCGCCUGCGUCAAAUUUGCCGCCGAUCAAAAAGGAUAUGAAGACGCGCCAAGAUGAUGAAGAAAAGGAACCGACCCCGUCUGCUUCCACUAGGAAGGGGUCCACAGGAAAUACCCCCGACUCCAAAAAGACAACACCGCCGAAAUUCCCGCCAUUGCCAGACUCGCCUGACUGGGAAUGCGGCAGCAUGGUGGGAAAGAUACGGACGCGUAACUUGUCGUCUGCUAGUGUCAGUUCGGCAGGGUCUUCGUUGAAAUCGUCAAGGUUUCCGGUUCGUCCUGGAAUAUCUUGGAGAGUGAACGCACGGGUCGAGGCAAUGGACUUCCUCGAGAAGUGGUACCCGGCCAAAAUCGUUGAAAUGGACGAGGACGAUUUGACGAUUCUGAUACAUUUUGAGGGAUGGAAUCAACGCUAUGAUGAGUGGGUUCCUAUGACGACGGACCGCCUUCGACCGAUGACAAGACAUUCAGAUCGCAAGGAGGGGAAGCCAGUGACUAAAUUGGUACACAAAUUGGGGGAAAAAGUUCUGGCAAAAUGGACAGAUUGUCGUAUGUACCCAGCUAAAGUUGUCUCCGUGAAUCAAAACGGCUCGUACGAAGUUGUUUUCUACGAUGGCUUCAAGAAGACUAUCCAGCCGAUCAAUGUGAAGCCACUUCCGGCCCACAUGCAAGAGGAGGUUCAGAACAUUGCAUUUCCAGCCGUAGCUCUAUCGCCCCCAGUUCCGCCUCCGAAGAAGAAAGAGGACGGACCGUUGCCAAGGUCGAGGUCAAAGGAGCGGGACAAGGGGAAAGAACAGAGCAAGUCUAAGUCGAGGGACAGGUCAAAGAGCUCUGGGAGUGAACAGGGUGGUUCUGUUCCAAGGAAAAAUUCCGAGAAGUCUGCAGAGUCGUGUAACCCGAUGCUGUCACGACGUAACAAGGGGCAGAGUCGGUCCCUCGACAGCAAGCCCCCUGCACGGAAACCUAGCGGAGAUAAUCAGGACAGGAAAGUUUCAGAUGGGCUUAAAAGUGGUCUUUUCCCAAAUGAGGCCUCAAAAGGGGAGGUAGACCCAGGGGUUGAAUAUAUUGGUUCCCUAGAUGGCCUGGCAUUGGACUUGGGACAAAAAUGUGAACCAAAACCUUCUGAUCUCGGUGGCCUAUUCUCCCGAAAACGGAAGAUAAAAGUCGGAGGGAUAUUCCAAGCAAAGCGGCUCAAACUUGACCCAGAUGUGGCACAGACUCAGAAAAAACUACCCAGUCCCAAGUCUCCACAGAAACUGAACCGACAGAAUUCAAAACCUAAGACACCGGGUCCACCCAAAGUGCUGAAGUUGUCGGAUUUGCCAAAACCAGGCGUGCCUUUAUCGCCAGGCGGGCAUGUUUUAGCUGUGCCAGGGAGUCCACGCCGCGUAGGGUCACCGGGAAGGUCACCUGUAAGGUCACAGGGGAUGUCACCGACAAGGUCGCCGCUCAAGGUCGAGGCAAAGAAGGGCGGGACGAGGACUGUCGCGGAAAUAAAGAAGAAACUCAUGGAUAAGAGAAAGGCCAUAGAGGCGGAGCGACAAGCCAAGCAUUUAGCAGAGGAGGCUUCCAAACCACCUGUGACAGGCCCAGCUGAUGGCCUGGUGCCCGAGUCACAGUCGCCCCCGUUCACACCAGAAUCGGAGCCGGUACCUGACACACCUGAAUCAGGAACAGAACUCCUGGCUCCUGCCUCACGUGUCGAGGAACCAGACCGGCCCGCAGAAACUGGUCCUUAUGCCGUCACAUCACCGGAGGUACCAGAAAACCAACAGCCGCAAAAAGUGCUGGAAAAUCUUCUAAAAGGUGGUGACAUUGAGAAAAAAGAAAGUAAAGAGUCGAUGCCACUGGGGUCUAAAAAUUCUGAUGACGUCGUGGAUCCAUCUCUGAUGGGGACAUCGCCAGCAACCGAGGACACGCCUGACCUCUCCCCUGCUGGGCAAAAACCUGCACCAGCCAAAGAUUCGCUUAAUAAGCCCUUGGGCAGGGUUGCAUCGAGGAGGUCCAGGGACUCUGUUGGUCGGUCUGCUACGGGGUCAAGAGCUGUUGGUUCUAAGGGUGCCAGGGUGAGACGAGAAGGCGCCGCGGAACGAGCCGAGAGACCGAGCCGGAAGAGAACACAGUCGAUGCCCGCACAAGCGCAGGACGACAGCAACUCGGCCGUUUCUUCAGACGGAUCAGUGAAUACAAAGAUUGCGGCUAAGGCAUUCAAGAUCGACCCCGACCAUAACGAGUUCAAAUGUCCGUGGGACGAUUGUGGGAAAAGUUUCCGCAAGGAGAAGCUCCUCGUCUACCAUAUUAAAUAUUACCAUUCGAACGACGGAAAGCCGCCACCACCGCCGCCACCUAGAAGGAGGAAGCAAACUGUUAGCAUGUGUUCCACUGACUCCACUGAAGCGACUCCUCCUCCGAGAUUUGAAAAGGUGGCCAGGAGCCGUGCUGCUAAGAAGGUCCGCGGUCAUUCUGCCCCCAGUAUCAUCAUUCCGGACACUGCCGGUGAAACUUUGGAGGCCCCAGCGCCACCUGAAGUGAAGCUGGAAAUCGAUGAUAUUGAUGAGGAUAGGGAGGCUGCAGUGCUGCUGGAACAUGCAGAAGCGGCUGCUGAUGCGGAAAAACUUGAGCAGAGGGAACGUCAGGAUUCGAUCGGGACCGAAUCAGUGGAUGUGACGGAGGAUGAGCGUGGUAGCAAGGAUGAGGUGGUCAACUGUAUGUGUCGCUUCAACGAGGAAAACGGGUUGAUGAUACAGUGUGAGGUCUGUCUGACGUGGCAGCAUGUUUCAUGCAUCAACAUCUCCGAAGAAUCCCUCCCGCAAAAAUACGUCUGCUGGGUCUGUUUAAAUCCGCCGGGCGUGCGGGAAAGUGCACGGUUCAUCUAUGACCAGGAGUGGCUUAAACAGGGCACGUUGCCGCGGUUCAGCUUCCUGCCGACACAUGACAAGGGCCGGAGGUCACCGGUGAUGAAGACCACUCACAGUCUUGCCGGUGAUAUCCAUGGACUCAGUUUGUUGAUAAAUGCGACGAAGAAAAAUAUUUUGAUUCUGAACACCGAGGAUCAUGAAGACUUGAAGAUCUGGGUCAAAAAUUGGGAACAGGAGCCAGACGAUGACGACGACGACGACGAUGAUGAGUUAAAACCCGAUGAAGAAAUCGUCUACGGUCAAAAUAUAAGUGCAGUUUCCAUGGAAACGAAUCAAACUGUUGAAACAAAUGUGAGUGUUGACCCUUUGGAGUCCAGUGCGAGUUUUCUGAGUGCGAGUCAUGGGGCGUUAGAUUUGAAAGAGUAUGAUGAGAAAAACGUUAUUCCACCAUAUGAGGAUUUGUCAAAUCAGGAGAUUAUACACGGGGAGUUGGAUGUGAAGGAGGAGACUGUAGAUGGUGAUCACAGGCAGCUGGACGAGGAGAGCUUUAAAUUAGUAAUUGAAAACUCCGAUACGGAGGUUGAGGGAGAGGCUAUGGGUGAUUCUAAAUUGGAGAAUGGUGUGUCGCCGGCAAGUUCAAAUGCUACGAUUAUCAUGGAUUCGAGUUCGCGAUGCGCGUCUCCAGAAUUGGCCAGUUUACCUGUAGAUUCAAAACCAGCACCGACGGAUACUGAGGAAUCCUGCGCUGAUGCAACGAAUAAUGUCAACCUGGUCCCCAAAGAAUGUAUGGACUCGACCAAUAUUGCAGCUGUGUCAACAAACCUUGCAGCAACAGUGACAUCUAGUGAUGAAAUUCACAAAGACGAUUGUACGAUAAAUUUAAUUCCAUUAGACGUAAGUGCAGCUACGACCGACGAUAAUGCUAUUUCAAAGUCUGAUGGGAAAGAUUUAUCCGUUUUGGCGACUGGUGCAAUCAGUCCUGAAUCCAUAGAAAAUGCUACGAAUCCUCUAUGUGAUGACAUUGAAUCCGUGACAUCGCCCAAACUAGUCGGGGAGGGAUUUACAGAUACACCACCAGGUGACGCUGAGGAGGAUACUGCAACCAACGAUGCCAUGACAGGGUCUGGACGGAGCAGUGCGGCAUUGAGUGAUCAUUCGUACGUCCCCAAGCAGUGUCAGGACUAUAAACUGUCACCUGUACCAAGUCGCAUUCGGUUGACCGGCAGCAGUGUUUGGACCCCAGUUACUAAAAGUCUGUCCAAUAUGGAGGAGUCGUCAACAAGCAGUGAUGCAGCCAUUACCAUCGUUACCAAUCCAUUUGAAAACUGCAAACAGAACCUGCUGUCGCAUAUCUCGAGCGUCCAGGAUGACAUCGACAUCCGGUUGGAUUUUAUUGAGGAGCAAGUGGCAGCACUUGAGGCGCUGGACCAAGCUAGCAAGACAUCGCAUCAAGAUCCUCUCAGCGACAUGCCACAGGUGAAGAAGUCGUUACGAACAUUACUCCAUGACUUAGCGAAAGUGAAACGAUUGGCGGCUUUUCAUUGAGAGAGAUACGAGGCGAUGUGACAUUUCUGUAUUUUGAGGAAGUCUGUUUUUUCCGUUUCGGAAAGAGAUAUAAUUCAACAGUAAAACUGAAAAGAGCUAGGCCUUAGCUCAAUGUAGAACUUUAUUGGUUUUACACUAUAUUAGUGUAGGCGUAAGGAAUGCGGGCCAUCAUUGGGAUAUUCAGGACAUCGAUCGGACCUAAAAGGACAGUUGGAGUAAUGUUUUAUUUUUAGUGACCUGAUUCACUGUAGAUGGUAUGUCACUCCACUGCCUGAUAGGAGCAUAUUUUGAAAGUGUGUCCUAGAAAAACGUUUGGCAUUUUUGUUGAAUCAUGUUUGUGAUUACUGUGUAAUUAUUUCGUUCUUGUAAAAUGUACAAAAUUGUAAAGCAGGUUCAAAUUAGUAAAAAAUAAACAAUUUGAUACAAAAA